UCGCACGUGAAGUUCUUUUCCGGCACUGGUUGCCGGCGUGCCUCUGAACGCCUGUGGUAGUGGUGCUGGUUGCCGGGCAGAGCCGGAGCUGCGGGAACUUCGCGUCUGUUCUGCGCUAGCCAUGAGGCUGCUGGGAACCGCCGCCGCCGCCGCCGCCGCCGCGGCUGUGGAGAGCCAGCCGCUCCCGCGGGUCCCCGCCGCCCUGUGCUGGCAAUGGAAGCAGGCUAAUUGGAAGAUUUGCCGAUGGUAUUCAUCAGGGGUGAUACCUAAUGAAAAGAUACGAAAUAUUGGAAUCUCAGCUCACAUUGAUUCUGGGAAAACUACAUUAACAGAACGAGUGCUUUACUACACUGGCAGAAUUGCAAAAAUGCAUGAGGUAAAAGGUAAAGAUGGAGUUGGUGCUGUCAUGGAUUCCAUGGAACUAGAAAGACAAAGAGGAAUCACUAUUCAGUCAGCGGCCACCUAUACCAUGUGGAAAGAUGUCAAUAUCAACAUUAUAGAUACUCCUGGGCACGUGGACUUCACAAUAGAAGUUGAAAGAGCCCUGAGGGUGCUGGACGGUGCCAUCCUUGUUCUGUGCGCCGUUGGAGGGGUGCAGUGCCAGACCAUGACUGUUAAUCGUCAGAUGAAGCGCUACAGUGUUCCAUUUCUAACUUUCAUUAACAAACUCGACCGAAUGGGCUCCAACCCAGCCAGGGCCCUGCAGCAAAUGAGGUCUAAACUAAGUCAUAAUGCAGCAUUUGUGCAAUUACCCAUUGGUUUGGAGGGUGAUUUUAAAGGUAUUAUAGAUCUUAUUGAGGAACGAGCCAUCUAUUUUGAUGGAGACUUUGGUCAGGUUGUUCGAUAUGGGGAAAUUCCAGCAGAAUUCAGGGCGGCGGCAGCUGACCACCGGCAGGAGCUGAUUGAAUGUGUUGCUAAUUCAGAUGAGCAACUUGGUGAGAUGUUUCUGGAAGAAAAAAUUCCCUCAAUUUCUGAUUUAAAGCUUGCAAUUCGAAGAGCCACUCUAAAUAGGUCAUUUACUCCUGUCUUUUUGGGAAGCGCCUUGAAGAACAAAGGAGUUCAGCCUCUUUUAGAUGCUGUUUUAGAAUACCUCCCAAAUCCAUCUGAAGUCCACAAUUAUGCUAUUCUCAAUCAGGAUGACUCACAAGAGAAAACCAAAAUCUUAAUGAACCCCAAAAGAGACAGUUCCCAUCCAUUUGUAGGCCUGGCUUUUAAACUGGAGGCAGGUCGGUUUGGACAGUUAACUUAUGUUCGAAAUUAUCAAGGACAGUUGAAGAAGGGUGAUACCAUCUAUAAUACGAGGACGAGAAAGAAAGUACGGGUGCAACGGCUGGUUCACAUGCAUGCUGACAUGAUGGAGGAUAUUGAGGAAGUGUUUGCCGGAGACAUCUGUGCAUUGUUUGGCAUUGACUGUGCUAGUGGAGACACAUUCACAAACAAAGAUAAUAGUGGCCUUUCUAUGGAGUCAAUUCAUGUUCCUGAUCCUGUCAUUUCAAUAGCAGUGAAGCCUUCUAACAAGAAUGAUCUGGAAAAAUUUUCAAAAGGCAUUGGCAGGUUUACAAGAGAAGAUCCCACAUUUAAAGUCCACUUUGACACUGAGAGCAAAGAGACAAUUGUAUCUGGAAUGGGAGAAUUACACCUGGAAAUCUAUGCUCAGAGGAUGGAAAGAGAAUAUGGCUGUCCUUGUAUCACAGGAAAGCCAAAAGUUGCUUUCAGAGAAACCAUUACGGCCCCUGUCCCGUUUGAGUUCACACAUAAAAAACAAUCAGGUGGUGCAGGCCAGUUUGGAAAAGUGAUAGGUGUACUGGAGCCUCUGGACCCAGAGAACUACACUAAGUUGGAGUUUUCAGAUGAAACAUUCGGGUCAAAUGUUCCAAAGCAAUUUGUGCCUGCCGUAGAAAAGGGGUUUUUGGAUGCCUGUGAGAAGGGCCCUCUGUCUGGUCACAAGCUCUCUGGGCUCCGGUUUGUCCUGCAAGAUGGAGCGUAUCACAUGGUGGAUUCCAAUGAAAUCUCUUUCAUCCGUGCAGGAGAAGGUGCUCUUAAACAAGCCCUGGCAAAUGCCACAUUAUGUAUUCUUGAACCUAUUAUGUCUGUGGAAGUUGUAGCUCCAAAUGAAUUUCAGGGACCAGUGAUUGCAGGAAUUAACCGGCGCCAUGGAAUAAUCACGGGACAAGAUGGAAUUGAGGACUAUUUUACACUAUAUGCAGAUGUCCCUCUAAAUGAAAUGUUUGGUUAUUCUACUGAACUUAGGUCAUGCACAGAGGGGAAGGGAGAAUAUACAAUGGAGUACUGCAGAUAUCAGCCAUGUUUACCAGCUACACAAGAAGACCUUAUCAAUAAGUAUUUGGAAGCUACAGGUCAACUUCCUGUAAAAAAAGGAAACGCCAAGAACUAACUUUCCUCACUUUGUUGCCUAACUUUAACUGUAUCUGCAAGGUUUAGAUAUGUUAAUGGAUUCAUGGAAUAAAUUCAGCCUGAAAAGAAGUAAUUUUAGAAGCCCUUCCUAGUAUAUUCAGGAGCUUCUGUUAUAUCAUAGUUAAUUCUGUGUAUAUCUCAAUGGUUGAUUGGUUUUAUACCUCAAAUAAAAUAUUAUUACUGAAAUAUA